AUGCCUGAUGUUAAGAGAACAGUCAGGCUGGUGACAGAGCAGCACGUCGUAAACAAAGACUCCGGCGUGGAGGGGUUCCCCCUCCGAUCGUGGUCCAUUGAGAUCUACCUCGUCAACGAGCAUGGGGAGCAGGUGCCGGCGACUGUCUUCGACAAGGUGACAUACACGCUGCAUCCGAGUUUCGGGGAUCGUGCUAUCCAGACAUUCAAGAACCCUCCAUUCCGAAUCUCAGAGGAAGGAUGGGGUGAAUUCGACCUGCAGAUCGGCAUGACCGCCGCCGACAAGGAGCACUUCGUGACACACGACCUGAACUUUGCGCAGCCGCGCUACGAGUCCAAGCACGUUAUCACAUUCAAAAACCCCAAGCCCGCGCUCCUGGCCCUCCUCCGCGAGUCGGGUCCGGUACCCGGGGACGAGAACGGGGUGAAGUCGAAACGCGCCGCCGCCGGCGAGGAGAGCUCGAAGAAGAAGAAGCGGGCGGAGAAGAACGUCGACAUGGACAAGCUGGCCGAUGGCCUCCAAAGACUCGGGGAAGACGACCUCUUGCAGGUCGUGCAGAUGGUGCAUGAUCACAAGGCGCCGGACUCGUAUACCAAGAAUGAUGUCGAGCAGGGCGAAUUCCACGUCGAUUUGUAUACCCUCCCCGACAAUCUGAUCAAGAUGCUGUGGGACUUCACACAAGAGAAGGGCGCCCUGUAA